AAAGAAAGAACGCGGAAGACUGGAAGAGGUCUGGGCUGCGCUGAACAGAACUACAAAAGUCCUGAAGAAGGAAGCGCCGCCCAACGGAACCCGCGAACCGCCAGCCCCCACGGCGUUGCCGCGCCAGAGCGCCCCGCCUCCAGUACCGCUCGUCCGUGCUACUCCGCGUCUCCACUGUCUCCGCAGUCCGCCGAACUUCAUCCAUCUCAGCAGAUUCGCCGGAUUUGCCAAUUUCAGCUAUACAGCCCUUCAAUGGUCCAACAUGCUUGGCACUUGGAAGCUAAUCCGCAGAAAAGAUCUCGGGGUGAAAUAAUAGUUCACAAUUUAGCAUUCACAAUGUUUUCCGAGAUUGAUGUUUCUUGAGGUGAUGAACAAUAUUAGGCUGCAUCGUUUUAACUUUGUGAAUCCAGCUGCAAGAAACUCGCAGAAAUCUGAUUUUGCUUAUAAAUACCGAACCUUAGGCUGUUUAUCAAACACUGGCUCCCUAGAUGAGGACAAAGUGCAUAAUAAGAAGGAUGAAAAUGCGUGGAAUGCAAUGAUUUCGUCCUAUGCAGAAGCAGGGAGGCUUACUGAAGCAAGACAUCUCUUUCAGGAAGCUCCAAAGAAGUCUGUCAUCACUUGGUCGACACUAAUUUCUGGGUACUCUAAACACGGGUUUGAAAGUGAAUGCUUUGAGCUGUUUUGGGCGAUGCAGAAAGAUGGUAAGAGGCCAAGGUGUUUCACGCUUGGCAGCAUUCUAAGGAUUUGCUCUCAGAAGUGUUUGCUUUCUAGAGGUGAACAGAUUCAUGCAUAUUCAAUAAAGACUUGGUUUGAUCAAGACGUCUUUGUUGGUACAGGUCUUGUAGAUAUGUAUGUAAAGUGUAUGUGUGUUAAGGAAGCCGAAUUUGUAUUUAGCAUGAUCUCAAGUGGGAAAAAUCAUGUUACUUGGACUGCAAUGGUUAAUGGGUAUUCUCAGAAUGGCAAUCCUUCAAAAGCUAUUCAGUGCUUUUGGGGAAUGAGAGAAGAAAAUAUUAAUGCCAACCAGUAUACCUUCCCUGGCGUUCUCUCUUCUUGUUCUGCACUAUGCGACUUAAGAUCAGGGGUUCAAGUUCAUGCCUGUGUUCUUCAUGGCGGUUUUGGUUCAAAUUUGUUUGUACAGAGUGCAUUGGUGGAUAUGUAUGCAAAAUGUGGAGAUUUAUCCAGUGCAAGAAAAGAGUUGGAGUCCAUGGAAGUUGAUAACGCUGUUUCUUGGAAUGCCAUGAUACUGGGGUGCGUUAAACACAGAUUUCCUCACAUUGCAUUGUCAUUGUUUAAGGAUAUGCUUUCUAGACACAUGGAUAUAGAUAAUUUCACAUACCCUUCCGUUCUCAACUCUCUUGCUACCACAAAGGAUGUGAGAAAUGGAAAGUGUGUCCACUCUUUAAUCAUCAAGAGCGGUUAUGACAGUUACAGGCUUGUUUCUAACGCUGUUGUAGACAUGUACGCGAAACAAGAAGAGCUAAUUUAUGCAAAGGAAGUGUUUAAGGGAAUAAUGGACAAAGAUGUGGUUUCAUGGACAUCUCUAGUAACUGGAUAUGCUCACAACGGCAUGCAUGAAGAAUCUCUAAUGCUGUUUCGUGAGAUGAUGUCUGCUGAUGUCACUCCAGAUGUGAUCAUCUUCGCCAGCAUUUUGAGUUCGUGUGCAGAAAUUGCUGUUUUUAAUUUAGGAAAGCAAAUCCAUGCGAAUUAUAUUAAAUCUGGUCUCAAUAUGUCUGAAUCGGUUGACAAUUCUCUUGUGACCAUGUACGCGAAUUGUGGGUCCCUAGAAGAUGCUGACCGCAUUUUUUACUCCAUGCGUUCCCGUAGUGUGAUUACAUGGACUGCCAGAAUAAUCGGUUAUGCCCAAAAUGGAAAAGGGCAAGACUCGGUAAGAUUCUAUGACAGUAUGAUAGGAGAAGGGGUAAAGCCAGACUUCAUUGCCUUCAUAGGUUUGCUCUUUGCUUGUAGUCGUGCUGGUCUUGUUGAGCGUGGAAGGUCAUAUUUUGAAUCCAUGGAGAACAUUUACGGGAUAAAGCCAGGCCCCAGCCACUACGCAUGCAUGAUAGACCUUCUAGGGCGGUCGGGGAAGAUGCAAGAGGCUAUGGAGUUGCUUACCACGGGAAAAGAUUUGGAAUUGGACGCGACUGUGUGGAAGGCAUUGCUAUCUGCAUGUGGGGUUCAUGGAAACAUCCAGGUAGCAGAGAAAGCUGCAACCAUGCUGUUCAAACUGGAACCACUAGAUGCUGCCCCUUACGUAAUGAUGUCAAACAUAUAUUCAGCAGCUGGACAAUGGGGAGAUUCUUCAAGAAUCAGAAGAUUGAUGAUGGCGAGCGGGGCCCGCAAGGAACGUAGCUAUAGCUGGAUCGAGAAGAAUGGCGUGGUGCAUAAGUUCUUAUCAGGGGACAGAACUCAUCCGAAAACUGAUGAAAUUUUCUUAAAGGUGAAUGAUGUUCUGAGUUUGAUUAAGGAGGCUGGUUAUGUUCCUGACAUGAAAUGUUCUCUUCAUGACAUCAAUGAAGAGAGUAGGCAGCAGAACCUAGCUUACCAUAGUGAGAAGUUGGCUGUCGCGUUUGGGCUUCUUUAUUUGCCGAAAGGAGCAGCGAUUAGGGUAUACAAGAACCUAAGGGUUUGUGGGGAUUGCCAUACUGCAAUGAAGUUUAUUUCCAAGGUGUUCCAACGCCAUAUCGUUCUCCGAGACUCCAAUUAUUUUCAUCAUUUUAGAUUAGGUACGUGUUCUUGUAGAGAUUAUUGGUAGGCUAUAACAAGUUGUUAUAGUGUCUAAAUACACCUAGAAAAGAAGAAAAAUGCAAUGUUGUAUCAUUCUCUUUGAGUUUGGCAAACACCUUGAGUAAUGGAGAGCCCGAAAUUGCUCAAAAUGUUGAUAAAUCAACUAGCUUGGCCCGCAAAGUGUUCCGUCUUUUCAAGUUCAUCAAUGAUCUGCAUGCCCUUAUCAGUCCAAGUGCUCUGGGAAACCCACUUUCUCUAGUCUUGUUGGGAAAGUUUCAGUCGAAGAAUGCAUUGGUAUCCACUUUCUUGUUCUUGGAUCAAAUUGUAUGGCUUGGCAGGACAGGCAUAUACAAGAAUAAAGAGCGUGCCGAGUUACUUGGUAGGAUCUCCCUGUUUUGUUGGAUGGGUUCAUCAGUCUGCACCACUUUGGUUGAGUACUGCCCAGAUUGGGGAGCUUGGAAGGCUUUCAGCAUCAAUGAAGAGGUUGGAGGCUGAGCUUAAAAAUACUAACCGAUACCAGAUAAUUUUUAUAAUAACUUCGGCUAGUGAUGGAACGGUGGUUGUGGGCAUUUCUCCAGAGGUGAUAGCGGAGGAUACGGAUGUAAAAGAGGAGCUUGACCAUGUUGAGUAACGUGUAAGAUCUAUGUGGAGGUGUUGGGAUCGGUCAGAUGGAAGACCGGUUCAACCCUUGAGAAAGGUUUCUCCAAUAUUGUGUGCACCAUGGAGGUAACUAGGUAAGGAACAACUGUGCGAAGAAAGGAGAUAUAGUUUUUCCAUAACUACACUGGACAUCGAGGAAGGGUUAAGCCGCUUUAGCGAGUAGGGAUGGACACAAAAAAUCGUAACCGACUAAUCAAAUAAAAAAACCAAAAAAUUGAUAUAUUUUUCAAUUAAUCGCACCGGAUUUUUUAAAACUCAUUAUACGGGUAAUCAACCGCAAAGAAAAAAUGGUAUAUGGUACGGUUAUGAUUUAAAUAAAUACUAGUACAUAUUUUGUAAUAUGAGACUUGUUCCCCUGCUGUUGCGGGGAAAUUAUGUGGUUAGGGAUGUUGCGAUUGUGUUUGGUUUGGUAGCUAUGGGUUGUGGCUGCUUAUUUCAAUAACUGGCAUGUUUUGACCUCUAUAUUUGUUUGCCCAAAUAAGCAUGUUCUGGGCACUAUAUGUUCUUGGCCAUGAUUGGUAUGAAUUUAAUAAAGGUGGUUAUUUUUGCAUUUUAUAUGUCA